UGAAUGUCCAGGCAUGCGCAGUGAAGUAGCAAUGACAUCGAUUGUUGUUGUUUCUCUGGGCAACUGAUAUUGAAGUUAGAUACCGGUACAUUUGUUGCCAUUGUGUAAUCGAAUAUUGGACAUAGCGCGCGGACUAAAUCGCUUGCUGAACGAACGCUACAUUGUAUCAAAUGCGAUGGGUUCUGCAUCGAGCACAGAGGGUGAAAGGGAACCUCUUCUUGUUCCUCCUGACCGCGAGACGAGCAUUCAGCCAGUUUACAGCCAAGUCUACGGGAGAAGAUGGCUGGUUCUGACUCUGUUUUCCUUGUUGGCGUUCAUGCAAGGGAUAGUAUGGAACACCUGGGGCCCAAUUCAGAACUCUGCCAUGCAUGCGUACGAUUUCACCAAAUCUGACAUCGCCGUGCUUGUUCUUUGGGGGCCAGUGGGGUUCGCGCCUUGGCUUCUAUUUAUAUGGCUAAUGGACAAAAAGGGUCUGCGGGUGUCUCUUCUACUGUCAGCCUUCUUCAUGGUGAUUGGGGCAGCGCUGCGAAGUGUCCCUGUACCAGAAGAACAUCUAAGACGAUGGUUAAUACACGCCGGUCAGCUGCUGAAUGGUUUGGCUGGUCCAACCAUAAUGAGUGCCGGCCCCCUCCUCUCCACCACAUGGUUCGCUCCCGACCAAAGAGCCACAGCCACCGCUGUCGCCUCAUUGGUGAGCUACCUGGGGGCGGCAUGCUCCUUCAUUGUCGGCCCACUGCUUGUGCCCGCCCCCAACGACACCACACGUGCCAUGGUGAACCGAGCCGACGUCUCGACAGACACCCAGAUGAACCACAUACGAGACAGAAUCCAACUGGUUUUGUAUGCAGAGUUUGGUGUGGUGGCGAUGCUGUUUGCUGCGGUGCUGCUCUACUUCCCCUCCCGACCCCCCAUGCCUCCCAGUGUGGCUGCUGCCAGCCAGAGACUCAGCUACAGGAGCAGCAUCUGCAGACUACUCAGUAACUUCCGGUUCCUGAUGAUAGCAUUGGCCUACGCGGUGCCUACAGGGGUGGUGGCAGGCUGGUCAGGAGUUCUGGACAUGAUCCUCACCCCUGCCAGAGUCAGCCAGGUGGAUGCUGGCUGGAUCGGGUUCUGGUCCAUUGUGGGCGGCUGUGUGUUUGGAGUGGCCAUGGCCAGGUUUUCAGAUUCUAUCCGGGGCAUGCUGAAGCUCAUCCUGGUCCUGAUGAUGGCUGGUGCUUCCCUGGCCUCCACCUGGUUCACAUUAACCUGCCUGACCAGGCUCACACACCUACCCUCCACUGCAGCUACUCUUUACACCUCCUGUAUCCUGGUGGGCAUCUUCAUCAACAGUAGUGUGCCCAUCUUCUUUGAGCUCUUCAUCGAGACCGUGUACCCCGUGCCAGAGGGCAUCACCUGUGGCGUGGUCACCUUCCUCGGUAACCUGGUCACCGGCUGCCUCCUCUUCUUCCUCACCUUCUACAGCACAGAGUUGUCGUGGCUAAACUGGUGUUUGACGGGCUCCUGUGCCUUCAGCCUCGUCCUCAUCCUCUUCUUCAGGGAAUCCUACGACCGCCUCUACCUAGACGUCUUUGUCUCAGUCUGACACACACAAAAAGACUGGAACAAGAGGAGAACAAAGACAGGAACAUUUGAAACGCACUGCACAAAGAAGAAGAGGAAGACAAAUGGAUUUCAGAAGUGCAACCUUGCGCUCUUUUACGUUUUAAGUAUAGCUGUAGUUGUAAACUUGUAAUAUGACGGUGGUCGGUGAUUCAUUGUGAUUUCCUUGUAGCCAAUGAGAAGUGCCAGCAAAGGGCCUCAGACAAUUAGUAAUUAAUGUUAAGUCUUUAUAAGUGUCGGUUUGGCCAGUUGGUCCUCUGAUGCAGCAUUGUCUUGUCUUUUUUAUAAUGUAAACUACAGUGGGACCUGGUCAUGGUAUGAUGAGGGACUGUUGUUGUCUAAAGAUGCACUCUGUGGCAGGUGGUUUCCCUGUGGCCUGUUGGUCCUCUGAUCAUAAUGAGAGAAGAUAGGCCUGAUUGGCUGAGUAGCUCUAGCAGCCAAUCAGCAAGCCCCACCAGUCUGUGCUAACAAGGGACCGUAUAGCAUUUUAGUGUCACUCAUAACUGCUGGUUAUGAAUUACAGGGGGCUAAAACUGUCAAACUAAGCUGUUCUGUAGAAUUACCUGUGAUAUUACAUGUCUUUUAAUAGUGACACAUGGUCGCCUUUUUUUACUAUAUCCCCCUCUCUCAAGACUUAUGCAAGACAUUUUUUCUCCCUAUGGGAUUGAAUUGAUUGCAGGCCGUGCAGGUUCCUGCCAGUGUCGUCGACUAUGAUUGGACACCACCCUGGUGCACGCCAGUGUCUUGGGAUAUGAUUGGAUGAGCCGCAGAGACCGCCUCGCUCUGCAUGCAAAGUCACUGCUUUAAACUCUCCUCUCUGUGUGUGUCGAGGCUCUGCUGCGCGGGUCUCAUGGUGUUUACACACAGUCCGUUUUAAUGAGCAGUUCAGAAUAUGGACGUUGGAAGUAGUAGUUUCCCCGUGUCAUUCUGACCUUUCAGCUGACAACAGGAGUCAGAUAUUUUGGUUUGGAGUUGGUUAAUAUGCAGACGAACAUUUCAAAAUGGUCAAAUGUUUUUGUUGUUGUUGCUGUUUACAGUUUGUUAUACUAUAUAGGAGAUUUUUGAAUUUUGAACUAAACUUGUUUCAGUGGGAAAGGCAUGUUUUUUAAAAUGGUUUUAACAUGAAAUAUUUCUCAGUAGAAAUGUCCAUUAUUAUUACAGAUGUAUUUACUGAGGGAUCAGAACACUAACACAGUAGAUACAGAGACAAAUACAAAGCCUGUCAUGAAAUAUACCGCUGUUGCACAGCUGAGACUGUGGCUGAUUCUGUGGAAACCACAAACUAUUAAGUCACCACGAAGCUGCUCUACAUCUAACGCACAGCGUUCACCAGCAGUAGUCACUGUGCUGAGGACACUGACAACAAGAGGCAGGUAGUGGUUCGGUAAGCACCUCCUUGCCUGGACGGUCAGGGUUGGACUUGGAGGGGAUGCUUACGUUCCCACAGAGAAAUAACACAUAUUGAACUGAUGUUCAACAUGAAAUGAGGGGAACGGGAAAUAACCACCUUUGUCCAGAUUGUGGAGUGACUGGUCCUGAAAGGCACUAAUCUACAAGGGACUUUAACUGGGAACUUCUUUUUUCAACAUGCCCCCUGCCCGUGCACAAGUGGGGGGUACUCCCCAAAACCACUCACCAACUCCCAUUACUCGGCUGUGCCACAGACAAACCACAGAAAAUGUUUUUCCUGGGUGAUACGGUAUAUAGUAUGUACAGUUGAAGUCGGAGGUUUACACCUUAGCCAAAUACAUUUAAACUCAUUUUUCCACAAUUCCUAACAUUUAAUCCUAGUAAAAAUUCCCUGUCUUAGGUCAGUUAG